AUGGCAAAAUCUCCCCGUGCGAAAAUCAAACAGCUCUCCAAGCAUGGAAGGUCACUUCGAAGGCAUAUGCUGCAGGAGAUGGACGUGAAGACUAUCCGUGAGGAAAGGACUCUGGUACCGGGGGGCGAUAUCCGCCAACGGGGUAACCGAUGGCUUCGGGAUGCGUUCAAGAAGUCUUCUGCUAAACGUGUGCCGCGGGAAACAGAGUUUAGAAGAAUCAUCAAGAUGAUUGAAGGCAAGCACGAAUUUUGUGCUGGUAUGGAUGGUGACCAGCGUGGUCAAUGGAUUCGAGAACAGGCUGCAAGGUGCCACCGUGUUGUCCUUCGACACAAAAAGGUGGGGUUUCGGCCGGGGUCCAACUCAUCCCUCGGCAGCAGAAGGUCCAAAAGAUCUGGGUCCUUGGUGGAUAAUGCUGAGACUCAAGCUAUGACCGUUCCAGAACUUGGGCUGUGCGAUGAUGAAAUGAAAGCCAGUGGAUCUUUGCCUGAAGACUCUGCCUCUGCGGCUCCAGAAGCAAGUGAAUCUGAACCAGAAACUUAUGACGAAGAGGUGGAACUGGAAAAGACUGAGCGUGAGGAAGAUUCAGAAGCGGAGGAGCCAGAGGACGAGAAUGAUGUAGGGGGCACUGGAACUUCCAAAGGUGUUCAAGAAGGCCCUCAACCAGUUUGCCUUUUGGAAAAGUUCAAUGAGCACGAUGAUGAACAACCUGACAACGAGGAGGACGAGUCUGAAACUGCAGAGGAGGAGUCAGAAGAAGGUGAGAAGAGCGAAGGUGAAAAAAAGAAAGAUUCGAAGAAGGGCACCGAUGACAAGGAACUGAAGAACCCAAAAGAGGGAGACGACAGUGAAGAGGACGAGUCUGAAGAAGGUGAGAAGAGUGGAGGUGAAGAAAAGAAAGACUCGAAGAAGGUCACGGAUGAGGAGGAUGCGAAGAGCAACCCAGAAGAUGGAGACAAGAGUGAAGAGGAGGAGUCAGAAGAAGGUGAGAAGAGCGAAGGUGAAGGAAAGAAAGACUCGAAGAAGGUCAGCGAUGAGGAGGAUGCAAAGAGCAACCCGGAAGAUGGAGACAAGACUGCAGAGGAGGAGUCAGAAGAGGGCGAGGAGAGCGAAGGUGAAGAAAAGAAAGACUCGAAGAAGGUCACCGAUGAGCAGGAUGCGAAGAGCAACCCCGAAGAUGGAGACACAAGUGAAGAGGAGGAGUCAGAAGAAGGUGAGAGGAGCGAAGGUGAAGAAAAGAAAGACUCGAAGAAGGUCACCGAUGAGGAGGAUGCGAAGAGCAACCCCGAAGAUGGAGACAAGAGUGAAGAGGAGGAGGAACAAGGUGAGAAGAGCGAAGAAAGACUCGAAGAAGGUCAGCGAUGA